AUGGAGUUCGGUGGCACUCUCUAUACGGUGGUACUGAAACCUUUGGCCGUGGUGUUUAUAGCCAAGGUCUGCAUCAGCACAUUGAUUGUCACGCUACAGCAUUCCUAUGUUCUUGAAGGCAUUCACUUUUAUACGCGAGAACAGAUCUUGCACGCGUUGAGUGUCGGGUACAUCGCCGUGGUUCUCGUACUAGAUAGCCGUGUUAACAACGGUCUGAUCUCUUUCUUGAAUUGCACGACGGUGCCCUUUGGCUUGAGAGCGUGGGAGCCUGUUGGUAUUACCCCUUGA